AUGGCAUUGCAUUCUGCAAGUGUAAGUAGCAAGCUCAUCUUUGCGCCCGCAGGCAAAGAGGAUCACGGGCAGGCAGAACAAUUCACCAGAGGCGCAUUAACUCGCUCAGAUCUGGAUCAAGCCUCGCCCAUCCGUCAAUUUCAUAUAUGGUUUGAAGCGGCCCAAAGGUCUGGUCUUGUCGCCCAUCCUGAAACAUGCUGCUUAGCCACAGCAUCGCUACCCUCUGGCCGUGUGUCAUCACGCAUGGUCUACCUAAAAGAACUUGAUCCCCAGGGAUUCGUCAUCUACAGUAACUUUGGGACAAGCAAGAAAGCUCAGGACCUUUGCACAAACCCUUGGGCUAGCCUUACUUUCUGGUGGGAAGACCUUGAACGCCAGGUGAGAGUAGAGGGUCGAGCAAGCAGGCUGACCCGCGAAGAGAGUCAAAAGUAUUUUGACACGAGGGUUCGUGGCAGCCGGAUUGGUGCCUGGUCAAGUCGUCAAAGCCAGGUCUUAAAGCCGAUCCGAGGGGACACCGGUGCCGAAGAAGACGACGGACGAAAAGUUCUUGACGCGUGGGUCGAAGAGACCGAAAAACGAUUCGAGGGCGAACAGGACAUCCCAGUCCCUGACUUUUGGGGCGGCUUGAGAAUAAUACCCGAGUCUAUGGAAUUUUGGCAAGGUCGGCAGAGUCGAUUGCAUGAUCGUUUUGUCUACAACAAGAAAGCAUCCGCAGAUGAAACUGUGCAGGAAUGGGCCUUGGAAAGGCUUAGCCCAUGA